AUAAGUACCCUGCACAACCCUGAAAACCCUGACCAGACCACUCCACAAUCGUUCAGCCACUGAUUCACUUCACACACUCGUUCAUUAUAUACCUCAUUCUAUACCUACCUACCUCUGAGAACACAAAGUCCAACCAUCUCACAAGACAAUAAUCUAUCCACUCACUCACCAAAGCCAAAAUGUCUCUCACAACCACCACCACCACAACCGCGGCCUCCGCCACCUCCACCUGCCACCAGCAGCUCUACGAGAUCCCCAUCAAGGACGCCGCCUGCGCCAUGCCCAGCACCGGCAACAACUCCGCCAUCAUGAGCAGCUGCUGCGGCGCCGCCGACGUCGUCUCCUACAGCAGCUGCGACUACUACUGUCUCGCCCAGGGUCAGACCGUCCACACCCUGGCCGAGUGUCUCAUUAAGGCCUCUGAGGCCGGCGAGGUGUGGUGCAACACCGGCGCCAACGCGACCGCCACGGGGACCGUCCCGGCCACCGGCGCCGGGACCAUCAUCGCGACGGCGUCGGCCACCUCGUCUUCCUCCACGAAGAAGAGCAAGAGCUCCGGAACCGGGGGUGAUUGCGUUGUUGGUUGCUGGGGUUAUUGGGGGUGGAUUGUUGUAAGGAGGGAGAUGCUUGGAUAGAUGGGUGGUAUAUUGUUUGGAGAGGGGGGAGAAAUUGGUGAAGAGAUUGUGUGGAGGAUUCCAGGGAGAGUGGGAAUGAUGAUAUUGUCUUUGGUGUUGUUUAUUGUACAUUGUUUUAGCUGGAAGGUGCGUGAUCAAUUGAUGGGUCGAGAGCUUGUUAGUAUCCAGCUUGUUGUUUGCUCACCAUAAAUCUGACUUCCCUGAGUGACUCCUUCGAGAUUGUCAAGCAUUUACUUCCUUUUCUUGCACAUACUUUGGGCGAUCGCAGUUGAUAAC